UGGAUGGUUUUGAUUUCUUCGUUCCCGUGCUUUAGGUCCUAUUCUAAUUUGUUAUAAUGCUUAAUUAAAAUGAAUUAAAACGUCAUUGUUUAAUUUAAGAAAAUGUCUUCGGAGAGGGUAGAAUGGGUGGAGAUAAUCGAGCCGAAGACAAAGGAGCAUAUGUAUGCUAACCUCACCACUGGGGAAUGCGUCUGGGACCCACCUGAGGGAGUGAAAGUGAAACGCACCGACUCAUCACAGUGGUGGGAGCUCUUUGACAUCAAUACACAUAGAUUUUAUUACUAUAAUGCUUCAACACAGACAACUGUGUGGCAUAGGCCCACUGAUUGUGACAUAAUACCAUUGGCGAAGCUUCAAACAUUGAAACAAAACACGGACCCACAGAAAAGGCGAGAAACAUCUACACAAACAACCCAAUCUGCCCCACAGACGUCGUUAAUAGAACCUACAAGCAGCAAUGGAAACAGUACAUCGGCCAGCGCCAGCAAACUUUCGCCUGGAAACCUGAAGAUUGUUACACAGACGAGUCCCGUAAGGACGAGGCGAACUCAUUACCAUCAUAGGAAUAGCGGUGAAAGUAGGCGUGGUAGGUUAAGUGAAGAUGGUACGAGCCAAAUAUGCCGGCACACUGACUCCGGUCGGUCUUCCGACAGCAGCAUCAGCAGUGCACAGCAGAGACGGAAACAGGAACUAAAUGCGGCUGCCUGCAAUCCUCCGAUAUGCACACCACAGUUAAGGAAACGUAGCAGCGCGACACCUGCUCACGAACCAGAGAAGUGGUCGCAACAUUCAGGUCUGAACAGAAGUGGCAGUUUUAUAUCGCCCCGUAAAGACGCGUCAGACGACUCGAUGCACGAGAAGUAUUUCAAGUCAGUCGAGAGCACACCGUUGACGAGACGAAAGUUGAAACAACAAUCCGGUGGCGGCUCGUCAUGUGAUUCUGCGUCUCCUCAGAGCCCCAGCAGUCCAUUGCAGAAACCACAGCCUACGCCAUUUUUGCAGACAACAUCGGCUCGCCCCUCCCUGGUGUCGUCGAUAUCGCUGGCGACGGAGGCGGCGGGCGGCGCGUCGCGCGUACUGCACAGCCUGGAGCGGCCGCACCAUCUGUCGCGACACUCCAGGGAGCGGUACUCUGAUAGACAUUUAGACAAGGAUCGUUUGGCGGAACUGGAGCGAAUGGACCGCUAUCCUGAGAAACAGGCCGUCUACAGCGUCGAUAAACCUUUCAGACAAACCAGUUUAGAUUUGCGGCACAAUGCGGCGGCCAAUUGGAAUCCUUCAAGGGAGUUCACCAGACGCCAACAAGCCGAACCCGAGCGCUACACUUCCAGCAAGACAUCGGUCUCGUCUGGCGGCAGCAGCAAGCAUCGCUCGCAUGAACCCCAUCAUAACUACAUGAGGCUAUCGUCCGCUAAUGAACAGGACAAUAUUGCAGCAGUAAACUACAAAAUGAAAUGCGUAAGUCUAGAGCCGCCGCUGACGGAGCCUAACGUUCAGAAACACAAUCAGAGAAUGGAGAGAACCUCAACGCCUAGUUCGAAACGAACAAAAACGAGGCGGCAUAAGCGACCAGUGGAAGUCGAAGAGCCAGGACUUGAUGGUGAAGAUGAGGAAGACGAGGGUGGCUCGCCCCUCUAUUGCAACUGGGAUCUACGAGGAAUGCAGCAUUUAUUGCCUCUACAAGAUUAUAUCAUACAACAGGCUAAAUUAUCUAGUAGAGGACGUUAUGGUGGAUCCGGAUCGGACAACGAAUCGAACUCGUCUCGUUCACGGUCCGGUUCGGAAUCGCGUUCUCUGUCCGGCCACGAACCGGACAACGAGUCUUCGGACGGUGGCGCCCGUACUCCGGACGACGACGACGGUUCCGGCGUGUACCUACCGCACACGUACGCACAUCGACCUGCCGACGUAGAGUAUAUGAACCAUGGAGUCUCUUAUUAUAAUACGUUUGUCGGGUUUGAUAGAGACCGACAGACGUCACCUGGUAUACAUAGGACGUCAUCGCUAGGAGGCGGUGCUACAGUCCCGGUGGACCCACCGGCCGGGGCGCCCGCACUCUACAGUCCGGUGCGGGCGCAUCCACACCCGCGCCCGUCCGUGCCGCCCGAACAAGACAUCGAGAUAUUCGCCAAAGACAACUUAAAUUUCAACAAAGGCAUAUUUAGAAGGAAGGCUUCGGUCCGCGAUAUGUUAUCGUGGACUUCGUCGUCAAUUAGCGCUCCUAUGGUGGGCGCCGACUGGGACAAAGCGCACAAGAAGGCAGCCAUAGAUCUGUUCAGGCUCGUGCAGAUCUACAUGGGCGACAGGAAGGCCAGGCCGGGGAUGACACUCAACUCUGUAGCUCAGGACAUACUGCACGCUACUUUUGCUAAUGAAAAACUCCGCGACGAGCUCUACGUGCAACUAUGCAGACAGACAACGGAGAAUCCACUACGCGAUUCAUUGCUGCGCGGCUGGGAGCUGUUGGCGGUGUGCUUGGCCUUCGUUCCGCCAUCGCCUGCGUUUCAACCCGCCCUCACCAAUUACGUCAACAGGCAUCGAGACCCAGCGUUUGCCGAUGCUUUUCCUGAGGUGGGCAAAUGGCCCAUUCACGUUCAAGUAUCACACUAUGCUGGCGUUGCCUGUAAGAGAUUGGAGAGAAUCGGUUUCGCAGGAAAAAGGCAGCCAAGGAAACCGACGACAGAAGAUAUCGAUCAGGCCAGAAUACAAAUAUUUCGUCAGUCGAUGUUCGGAAACACCCUAUCAGAGGUGAUGACGUUACAAAAAGAACGGUUCCCUAAUAGACAACUUCCCUGGGUUCAAGUGGCCCUGUCCCAGCAAGUUCUAUCGUUAAACGGCAGAGAGACCGAGGGCAUAUUCAGAGUCUCCGCGGAUGUCGAUGAAGUCAACGCUUUGAAGGCGAAGAUCGAUAAUUGGGAACUGCCUGACGCCUCUACUCUUACAGACGCACAUGCCCCGGCUAGCUUAUUAAAGCUUUGGUACAGAGAAUUGUACGAGCCUUUGAUCCCGGACGUGCUGUACGGCUCGUGCGUCGCCGCCGGGACUGACUUUAUAGCGUGCACGAGAGUUCUACAUCGAUUGCCGCCUUUGAACCGACUAGUACUAACCUACCUCAUAAGUUUCCUACAGCAGUUUACCGCCCCCGAAGUGGUCAGUCAAACAAAAAUGGAUUCAGCUAAUUUGGCCAUGGUGUUCGCGCCCAACUGUCUCAGGUGCACGUCGCAGGACCCGAGAGUGAUCUUAGAGAACGCACGAAAAGAGAUGACCUUCCUCAAAACCCUGAUCACGAACUUGGACACGUCACACGUACAGGACAUGCUGUGACCGACGAAUCUCAGUUAUUGUAACAAUAACAACGGUAGCGAAAUGACUGAUUUCUAGUGAUCUAUAUUAAUAUAUAUAUAUUCGUUUCCUAAUGUGGUGUUCAAUGCAAAAUCGAUUUCGAUAUCGAGCCGCAGAUUCGUCUUCAAAUGAAAAAAAAAAAUUAAGACAAAAGACCAAAUCUAAUCAGAUAAAAAAUACUAUAAGAAGCUAUUAGUUCGACUAAAACAUCGAUAAAUCACUUGACGUGGUCCAUCACUAUUGUGACGUAAUAAUGUCAGGUGUACGUGACGUUUAGCAUCCAUAGUUUCCUGGCCACAUCGAAUUAAUUAUAAAAAAAUAUAUACAUAUACAGAUAUCAUACAUACUUGCAGAGGAGUCUAGUCUUUGUAAUUGCUGUUGUAGUGUAUGUAUGGUAUGAACUGUGUACCUCUCACAUUUUAGAAUUACAGUGACCCAUCUAACAAUAUUUUGAUUACGCUCCUUUGGUGUAGCGCAUCCUGAAAGCAUCUCUCAAAACGUAACUUCGAAACUGCGCAUACCACUACGCAAUGUGUUCACAAUUGUUCACGGUCGUCAUAUCAAAAUUUUGAAAUAAUUCAUGGAAUGACAAAAUCGCCUUAUCCACGAAAGCAAUAAAAAGUUUUUAAUAUAUUUAUAAAGUACUAUAAAAUGAUUAUCAGAGGUGUUGUGAGAUCGAGUAGUACUAUAUAAUAUAUAUCUAUUGCUACUUCUACCAAUUCCAGAGCAUAGUGCGAGAUAUUUUUGGCUAGUACCGAGUAACUGAAUCAUGGAUUACUUCAAUAAUAAAACCUACCGGUUUCAUCUUCACUCUCUCAACUGACUCUAUAUAUAAUAUAGCUGCCCGCUCCGGCUCCGCUCGGGUCUUUAACAAAAAUUUGAACGACGUACUAUAAUAGUUAGACUUAAGCU